CCAAAGAAAACAAAGGGAUGGAGAUUGGAGCUGAGAGAGAGAGAGAGCUGAUUGGACCAAGGAAUUUAUAGUAAAGUAGCAAAGUGUAAAAAACCUAACAAAAUCAAAAUCGACUAGAAGAAAGUGAAAUGAAAGCAGCAAUAUCAUCAUUUGUCAGCUCCAAGAAUCUCAAUCUGCAACAUUCCACCUCUGCUCUCUCUCGCUCCACUCUCUUUCACCCAAAUUCCAACGCCAUCUCUCGUCGACCUUCAAUCCCCACCUCCAUACCCACAAAAACCCAUACCCGUUUCGGUUUGACCAAAAAAUCCCAUAUCCAUACUACCAGUUUCUCUUCGAUUAUGGCUUCCUCUUACAACCCCGAGCAGGCCAGGUCACCACCUGCUAUUCCCUUGCCCACCCCACCUGUCACGAAGUUUAAGAUCGGGCUUUGCCAAUUAUCCGUGACCGCGGAUAAGGAAAGGAACAUUGCUCAUGCUCGCAAAGCCAUUGAAGAGGCUGCUGGAAAGGGUGCUCAGCUUGUUCUUCUGCCUGAAAUAUGGAAUAGUCCAUAUUCAAAUGAUAGCUUCCCUGUUUAUGCUGAGGACAUUGAUGCGGGUGCUGAUGCAUCUCCUUCAACAGCCAUGCUCUCUGAAGUUUCUCGUCUUCUUAAGAUUACCAUAGUUGGGGGAUCUAUACCGGAACGUUCUGGCGAUCGGUUGUACAAUACUUGUUGUGUGUUUGGUACUGAUGGAAAGCUGAAAGCUAAGCACAGGAAGAUACACCUUUUUGAUAUUGACAUUCCUGGAAAGAUUACCUUUAUUGAAUCAAAGACUCUGACAGCAGGCCAGAGUCCUACAAUUGUGGACACAGAUGUUGGGUGUAUUGGUAUAGGUAUCUGUUAUGAUAUUCGGUUUCAGGAACUGGCAAUGAUUUAUGCAUCAAGAGGUGCUCACUUGCUAUGCUAUCCUGGGGCUUUUAACAUGACUACUGGACCAUUGCAUUGGGAGCUAUUGCAGAGAGCAAGGGCUGUGGAUAAUCAGUUAUACGUAGCAACUUGCUCACCUGCUCGAGAUGCUGGAGCUGGUUAUGUGGCUUGGGGCCACUCCACCCUUGUUGGACCGUUUGGAGAAGUACUGGCUACUACAGAACAUGAAGAGACAAUAAUCAUUGCGGAGAUUGAUUAUUCAAUUCUUGAGCUUAGAAGGACCAACCUCCCCCUACAGAAGCAACGGCGUGGUGAUCUCUACCAGUUGGUAGAUAUUCAGAGGUUGAAUUCUCAAUGAAGCGUACUCCUAUUAUGCAGGAAAGAAAUUUCCUUGAGAAAGGAUAGUGUUAUAAGACAAUCAGAAUGUAGGACAACUGUGAUGUGAUUGAGGAAAUGAUUCAGUGAACUUUGGAUUUGCUUCAUAUGCCUGAGGUUUUUUAUUCUUUAAUAAAAGCUUUAUUUAUGUGGGAUAUUGACUGUUAAAAUAAAUAAUAUAUUACAUUUAUAUUUA